GGGGAACGAGCCAAUCAGAAUCGACGUUAUGUACCAUGUGAUCGGAAAAAUCGAAAUGGUGGACGUAUCGGGACGCAGGAUCCCGAGAGGAGACGAAGGACGAUAAACUGGGCAAGGGCCCAUCAUCCGUGUCAUCGAUAUUAUCAAACGAAGAACACGAUUAACCGCGAAUAUCGGUGUAAAUUCAAGUAAAACCGGCGACGUUAGAUAUAGCGUAGAAGUAUUGGUGAUAGUAGAUCUUGUUUACCGAAGUGUCAAUCCGCCCGUAUUGUACGUGUAUUCUUUUGGUGCGAGAAAACAGAGGAACAGUGUGUAUCGAAUCCGCGAGAGUCACGGAUGCAUCUAUCGUUCCUUCGAUAGUAUGUUUUCGUAAAGGUGAAUAAAAACGAGAAUAUAUCUGAGGUAAACGAACAGGAAGGAAGGAAACUGGUAAUUGUGAACAGACGGCAGUGCGUUUACAGUGAAAAUCAUGUCCGUGGAAGCAUGUUAGAGUAUGCGAGAGUUUUGAUGAAUUAUAAGAAUGUGUCACAUCGAGCAUCUUGUUACCAGCGAAAGAGAUAAGAUACUUCCUUAACGCACAAAAGUUUUAUAAUACGUACAAAUGCAAAUGUGUCUGUAAUCUUUUGCAAUAAGUAUAGUAAAAUACUCAAAAUGUCAUGGAGAUGUUCACAAAGUAUUGAAAACCUUGGAUUAUUGUCUCAGUGGAGAAACUGAGUUACUGCCUGCCAACAAUAGUACACCUACAUUCUUUUCAAGUAUAUGGUGAAUGUCAUAAAAUAUAAUGGCUGUCAGAAAAGUUUUAAUGAACAUUCAGUGUUAAAUACAUGAUACCUGAAUUAAACACGUUAUCCUAUACAUUCAGAAUACUCUAACUGCUAAAGAACAAAACCAAUAAAGAUCUGUAAAAUUGACUGAAUAUAUAAAUCUAAAAAGAAUAAAAUAAUUUUACUCACUCUAUUUUAUUAUACAAAAAGAAAAAAGUAUAUUAAUGUAUGAUUACAAUACUCUGUGGUAUUUUUGUCCUAUCGAUCAAAUUAAAUAAUGAAUUUAAAAGGAAGCUUUAAGAAAGAUUUGGAAAUACUUUACUAUUUCUGUAUACUAUGUACUGCGAUGAAAGAAAAAUAAUAUUUACAAAUUUUUAUUUUGUUAAACCAAUUCAUAUAUAAGAUUUGACUUGAUGUGUAUAAAUAAGGUUUUUUAGUUUACAAGUACUGGAUAAUUUUGAGUGCAUUUGACAAAAUUAAAUUAAAAUAAAUAAUAACUGUAAAUAAAUUCAGAAAUCAGUGAGACUGUAACAGUGAACAUUUUUAAACAAAAUGUAUAAAAGUUAUUUUAAACGUUUGUAUCAAUGGCUGUACAUAAUUGAAAAACAGAAAGGAGAAGAAACAAUACAUUUGAAAUUUUGCUUGGAUGACAGAGGACAAGUUUGUUAACCCUAUAAAGAAUAAGGGUUAAAAAAUGGAUAACUGUGGCUCAGGAGUAGUGCAAGUAUUUGUGGGUGAAUGGAGCCCAGAAUAUGAAGCACUUUCAAUUAAAGCAACAAAACAAACUUCAUCGGCAGAGAUAGUGGAAUGUAUCAUAGAAAGACUUGGAUUAGUUGAUGCUUCUGUUUCUAAUGGUUAUGAAUUAGCAGAAGUUGUAGGAAAUUCUGUCGGACAAGAAUGUAAAGAAAGAAGACUUGGACCAUCUGAGUGCCCCGUGGCACUUAUGUUACUAUGGCCAAAAAAUGCAGCGCAGCAAGAGUAUUACAGGUUUUAUUUGCGAAAAAAGCAAUCAGAUUAUUUAUGGUCAGACAGUAGAUUUCCCAUGGAUCCGCAACUUUUAAAGGACUAUUUUAAUAGAUUCUUGUAUCAACCACGUGACAAGGAAUAUCCAGAUCUAUGUCAGCUUCCGGAUCUUAAUGAACAAACUCUAUUGGACAACCUCCGGGCUAGGUUUUUAGCUGGAAACAUAUACACAUAUGUUGGCAGCAUAUUAAUUGCACUGAACCCAUUUAAAUUUUAUCCUAUCUACAAUCCAAAAUAUGUGAAACUGUAUCAGAACAGAAGAUUGGGGCCAGACAUACCUCCACAUAUAUUUGCCAUAGCUGAUGCAGCUUAUCAUUGUAUGCUUAAAGAAAAGAGAAAUCAGUGUAUUGUUAUUAGCGGGGAGAGUGGAUCCGGUAAAACGGAAUCGACAAAUUUUCUAUUGCACCAUUUGACAGCACUUAGCCAGAAAGGUUCUCAUGGUAGUGGUGUUGAACAGACGAUACUCAGUGCUGGCCCAGUACUAGAAGCAUUUGGGAAUGCAAAAACGGCACAUAAUAACAACAGUAGUCGAUUCGGUAAAUUCAUACAGGUGAAUUAUAAAGAAAAUGGAAUGGUACAUGGGGCUGUUGUACAAAAGUAUCUUUUGGAAAAAUCAAGAAUAGUUUCUCAAGGGAGGAAUGAAAGAAAUUACCAUGUAUUUUAUUACCUCUUGGCCGGUGCAAGUGAACAAGAAAAGCAACUUCUGCAUUUAGAAAGUUGUGAUCGUUAUAAUUAUUUAAACAAAAGUGGUUGUUAUGGACUGGAAAAUAUCGAUGAGCGACAUGAAUUUUCAAGACUGAAACAAUCCAUGGAAAUGGUUGGAUUUACACCGGAAAAACAAAGACGAUUGUUCGCAGUUUUGUCAGCUGUCCUCCUACUCGGCAAUGUGGAAUUUCAACCUAGAAAGUCUUAUCAUCAUCACGAUGAAGCUGUAGGAGUGAAAAAUCCUGAGGUGGUUGCAUUGAUCUCCGAACUCCUCAGAGUGAAACAAGAGACUCUUUUGGCUGCACUUACUGCCAAACGUGCAAGAGCUUCCGGAGAAACAUUAGUAAUUAACUAUAGGCUUCCAGAAGCAAUUGCAGCAAGAGAUGCUAUGGCCAAAUGUCUGUAUGGAGCGUUGUUUGAUUGGAUUGUGCUACAGGUGAAUCAUGCUUUGCUCUCAAAGAAAGAUACUCUUAGAGAUCACCAAGGCAAUAGCAUCGGUGUACUAGAUAUUUUUGGUUUCGAAGAUUUCAAAACGUGCAAUAGCUUUGAACAAUUAUGUAUAAAUUAUGCAAACGAACAGCUACAACAUUAUUUCAAUCAACAUGUUUUUCAAUACGAACAACGAGAGUACAGAAAGCAGGGAAUUAGGUGGACGGAUAUAGGAUACAGCGAUAAUUCGGGCUGCUUAAAUUUAAUCGAAGGAAAACCGAAUGGUCUUCUCUGUCUUUUAGACGAUCAAUGCAACUUUCCGGGCGCAACGAAUGAAACACUGCUACAAAAAUUUAAUUCGGUACAUAAAGACAAUCCAUUUUACGAGGCACCACAACGACGCGAAGCAGCUUUCGUUGUACGACAUUAUGCUGGGUCUGUUAAAUACCAAGCAUCCAACAUGAGAGAAAAGAAUCUGGACUUAAUGCGACCUGAUGGUGUAGUUGGUGUAUUGAAAAAUUCUUCCCUUGCUUUUGUUCGGGAAUUAGUGGGUGCAGAUCCGGUUGCUGUAUUUAGAUGGGCUAUCCUUCGAGCAUUUUUUCGUGCUCAUUUUGCUUUCCAAGAAGCUGGUCGAGCUCAUAGACAUGGUCGAGCUGAUGGUACAAAAACAUCUGUCCAAAACAGGUAUAGGACACCGAACGAGAAUUUGAUAAGUUCUCACAAACAUAAUCGUCCACCAAGCUAUCAGAAGCAGCGCAGUGUCUGCGUGCCAUCAGCUAUACCCACUACCACAUUAUCUUCCAUACAACUCGAAAACAGCGACAAUGUAAACAACAACCGAUUGUCGUGGCCACAAUUUCGAAACAUUAACCAAACGCAACACCCGUCAAAUGUCACCACAAUGAAGGGUUACUUAAUAAGGGGCAGGGAAGACCAGCCUCAUAGUAAUAAUAAAGUCAGACGAGAUACUCAUACUCCGCUAGAGAGGGUGCUUCCAAAAGACGAAGCAAACGUCAUGGAACGCGCUAAUCAAAUAGUCAUGAAAAACAAAUCGUUUCGGCCAAGAGAACGUGGCAAGAAGGGUUUAAAAAAUCUUCAAACCGUGAAGACACUUGCUGGAAGAAUACAGAGUUAUGGUACCGGGCCUGGAAAAGCGAGAAAACAACCUAUGACAGUAUCGGCACAGUUCCAACAAAGUUUGCACAGUCUUAUGGAUACUUUAAAUCAGGCAAAUCCAUUCUUCAUCAGAUGCAUUAAGAGCAAUGCUAAUAAGGUACCAAAUGAGUUCGAUGAGGAGACUGUGCAACGACAAUUACGAUACACGGGGAUGUUAGAGACGGUCCGAAUAAGGCAAGCUGGAUUCAAUGUUAGAUUAACGUACGAAGAAUUUAUCCAGCUGUACAGAAUGUUGCUACCUAAAGGACUGUUAAGCUCUCAAUCGGACGUUCGAGAUUUUCUAUUGACGCUGAAUCUCAACAGAGAUAAUUAUCAGCUCGGAACAACGAAAGUGUUCCUCAGAGAAUCGGAAAAGAUCAAAUUGGACAUAGAGCUGCAUCAGCAAAUAAUUACAAGUAUUACAACAAUACAGAAAUGGUUCCGUGCUUGUCUGGAGAGGAGAAAGUUCCUUAGAUUAAAGAAUGCAGUCGUACAAAUACAGUCGUUCUGGAGAAUGGUUAUUGCUCAAAGAUUCGCGAAUUCGUUACGCGCCAGAAUCGAGGCUGCUACUCACAUCCAAUCUGCCUGGAGGGCAUACAAACAACACAGUUGGUUUAAGAAGCUGAAGUCGUGUGUGAUUACUUUCCAAGCUUACGUGCGAGGUAAUAAUGCAAGAAAGGCUUUUGCAGAACUCAAAAAACAAAAGAAAUUGCUCGUAGAUAAAAUUGGGGACUACAAAGAGAGUCACGAUCAAAGAGAGCUUACGUAUGAUAACAGCAAGAUAUAUUCCAGACUCCGGGAUAGUGAAGAAUCACUCACGGAAGAUCAUGGACUUCCGGAAUUCAAUACCAUUCGCAAAACGGAACUCCAAAAUCGUCUAUCAUCGUCAAGGACGGACAGCAUUCUUCGGGAUAGUAAUGUCGAUACAAGCAUAUCGUAUUCGAAGCGUAAAAUUGCACCAAAUGCCCGAAUAUUACAGGAAUCUAGCGCGAUCUUGAGAAAUGCAGAAUCGUUCACCUCGGAAGAUUUUAACGAACGUAAAAGUAGUCUUGAAAGCUUGACGAGUCUAAGGAGCUACGAAUCUCAAAUUAGCGUGAACAGUUCUGAGUCUCAGGAAAACUCUUACAAUAAGCCUGUACCGAGUACCAGAACAAAACGUGGCGAUCAGUCCCCGGUAGUUACGACAAACACAAGUCUAACUAAUACUUCCAGUCGUUUGUCGUCUGUUAGUAAACGAGCGGAUAGUUCGUCGACAGGCUACAGCGAUGGAGAGACUGAUACGGAGAUUCCAAGCGCUGUGCAGAGUGCUCCGCCUGUUUUCAAUGCUACGCCGCCAUUCCCGAGUCCGCGAGAAAUUAAGUACCACCAGUCGAACAUAAAUUUAACGAAUAGUCCAAAUUCAGAUGUCUGGCGUCGUAGGCCGGACUGUUCGUGCAUUAAUUACAGCGAUUAUUUGCUGUCGGGUCCGCAGAAAACGACGUUGGUUCGAUCUCCGAAUGUUUCUUAUUACAAAAAUAUUGUUGAUAACAUAUUUGAACAAACGCAGCAGGACAAACCGAACGAAGCGUCGAAUUAUAACGUGAAGCUGGAUCCAAACGAACGUUUUGUUCACAUGGAAAGCUCUUCGGGCAGGGAACAGCGUAGAUUGAGUGACAACAGCGUGCCUAGCGAGCGAAUCGAAAGCGUUCCUGCUUCGCCUAUUAGACGUGAUCAGACCUACACUCAUGGCAAAGAGAUAAAAGAUUUCAGUUAUUUAAGGAGACAAAACUCGGAAGGUGAUACGUCCAUAAAACAAUUGGAUGUCGUGAACGAUGAAAAUGUCUUGAAAAAUACACUACUGAAAGGAAAUACACCCAAGGAGAAAAACUCGAGACCGAAAGAAAAAUGCGAACCUGAUGUGCCCGUUAGAAGCGCCAGAAGAAACCGGCCAUCUCGCGAGGUCCAAUGUCGAUCCAUGGGUGAAAGUGUCUCGGAAACUGGUGCCGGAGAACCGAAGAGUCUCUUCCUGGGUACCAUUAAAGAAAGCGACCUGCACAAGUCUGCAAAUGUGCGAUCUCGAAAAGAUGGCUCGCACGAGGUCGCGUCGAGAUCGGUGACCGAUUGGCCCGUGAAUAAAAGCGAAUCCGCAUCGAAGACUCAGCAACCUGGAAAACGUAUGAGAUCCAACGCUAUAACGACUCUGGAAUUAAGAAGAAGAAAUUCCGACCCGGCUACGAAGAUAUCGGGGCUCAGCGAGGACAAAGCUGGCACCGAUACGAGUCCGAACGAUUUGAAACUCGCGCCAGGAAUGAAUCUUUUGGAAUGGAAAGGCAAUCUUUUCACUUUAGCUGGUCAUUGUUUUAGAAAAGUAGCAAGAUUCGCCAAAGAUGACGUGUGCGUUUGCUGCCACGAAAAGAUGGACGCAUUCGUGACGCAAGGCUACAAGUGCAUCGACUGCAAGCAGUUGUACCACGUGAAAUGUAUUCAGAAUGGCGGGGUACUUAAAAUGCCGUGUAUACUAGCAAACACUCCGGGAAGGCGGAAAAACAGGAAAAUACCUCGUACACCUUACGACGCUAACAAACAAACGGUCGCGUCCAAGUUUAGUUUGACCGGAACCUCGGCUUUCUCGGAUAGCACGGACAAGAUAAUAUCCGACGCGAAAGAGUUGGCGCUUAUGCAGGAUUUCAUCACGAAGAAGAUAUACAUAAUGGAGGGCCAGGAAGAAGGCAGGAAACCCAGCGAAGUAGAUCGCGUGUUCAAACAAGCAUUGCGUAAAUUUAAGGACGAUCUGGUGAUCACUUACAGCGUCGCUAUUCAACAAGGUGUCGAGGGUAAUAUCAAGUACACCGAUCUAAUCGCGAACUUUUUACACGUGAUGGAGACGGUUUGCAAGCAAGAAAAUACCACCGAAGAUUUCCCCGUGACGAUGGGCGUGAACGCUUUCCGAGGAUUCAUGAACGAAUUCAUGACGCUAGUCAAAACCGAAGCACCGGAGAAACAGAGUAAAAGUAAACGUAAGAAGGAGAAGAAACGGAAACAGGAGGAGCCCACGCGACAUGGUAAUCAUAUGUUCCAGUUAACUAUGAUAAAUAUACCUACAGCCUGCGAGGUGUGCACGUCUUUCUUUAUGUGGCCUAUCGAGCGAGGACUUGUAUGCCAAAAUUGCAAGUUAACUUGUCACAAAAAGUGCUAUAUGAAAGUGUCUGCGGAGUGCGGGAAGGACGCGUCGCUGCACGAGAUGAACUCGCACAAAGUUUUCGGUGUACCGUUGUAUAAACUCGACUGUGGCGACGGAAAAGUGCCAGUGGUGGUGGAUCGAUUAAUCACGACCAUAGAGAUGCACGGUCUCUACACGGAGGGCAUCUAUAGAAAGAGCGGUGUCAGUUCGAAAGUGAAGGAGUUGAAACUGAAAAUGGACGAGGGUGAUCUGGAAAAGGUGGACUUCGAGAACUAUCAGGUACACGUUCUCGCGGCGGUGCUGAAAAGUUUCUUUCGGGACAUGCCGGAGCCUCUGUUGACGUUCGAGUAUUACGACGACUUCCUGCACGCUGCUAAUUUGACGGAUCCCCGGGAUCGGAUCAGCACGCUUUUCGCCAUCCUGAAGAAGCUACCGAAGCCCAACUUCGACCUGAUGGAACGACUGAUCGUCCACUUGGCGAGAGUGGCGCUACACGAAGUGGACAACCGAAUGUCCCCGUCAGCCUUGGCGAUAGUCUUCGCACCGUGUAUCCUGAGGACGAACAGGGCGCUACCCGCGCAAGAUUCCUUGCAGGACGUCGGCAGGCAGACCUGUUGCGUCGAGACGAUCGUGCAGGAGAAACUGAGGGUCGUGCGGGCAACUCUGGCCGACAUAAAUACCCUCGAGUCUGCCUGCCACACGGCCACACAUCGUCUGUCCAGUCUGCGAUCUUCGAAGAUCUUCAGUCCGGAAGAGUUGAACGCGGCGACUCCGAGCGCGACCGCGAGAGGACCUGCGGAUCGGGACAGAGAUCGGGGCGACGAAGAAGAGGCGAUUCUCGUCGAUCAUAUACAAGAAAUCCAAAAGGAAAAAGCCCUAUUAACUUCGACCCUCCCUAGCCUAACGAGAGCUUCUUCGGACGAUGACCUACUUCUAUCUGCCACGGACUUGGAUGAUGGGUCCCUCGAUGAUCUUCUCCCAUCUUCUGCUGACGGACUCGUAAGGAAGAAACCAAUCCAGAGGCAAAGUUCUGCGGACAAUGCAUUUCCUACGAUUAUCAGUGUCGACGAGGACAUGGUAAUGGUAUGACCAUCGACGGUCACCACGAAGGAUGAUCGUUAAUCGUAGCAACAUGACACACGCUGUGAAGCGUCGACUGACGGCAGCGAAUCGACGAGUCUGUUACUCCUGGUCUCAUCGGCAAGCCGCUAGUAAUUUAAAUAAGUAGUAAACACGACAUUAGGUAGGUCUUAGUAAUUUGUUCCACGCGAAGUUAAACUAAUUCGAUUAAACACGUGCAUAUAAGUAUAUAUGUAUACAUACAUACACACAUACAUAUAUAUAUAUUUUUUUCACUCUGUCGCAAAGCUUUCAAAGAUUUCUAAAAAAAAAAAAAGAACAAAACGACGAUUAACAAAAACGCGAGCAUCAUAUGGCUUCACGUGAAAUGUACUAAAUAUUCAUUUUAUAAUCUAUUUUUCUCCCGGAAUGCAUUCCUCUUAUCGAAGACUGUCAAUCAGGCUAGAUGUUUAGAUGAGAACCACCGAUACAGUUUGUAUCAUAUCGCAGGUAUUCUAUGCCAGAAUAUCCGUUAGUUUUCACUUUGUCAUGUUUCGUUUGUCCGUAGGAGCGACGUGAAGAGGUACGAAUUAUUAAACGAUUAUGUCGUCGUUAAAGGAACGGAGAAAGAAGAUUGUCCGUUUAUUGUUACGAAUAGUUUAGUCUGAUUUCGAGGUCUCGUUCUCAUUCUACCGUAUUUUUGUAUCGGUUCGUUUGAAAACGACCAUUUCGCUUCAACCACCCUUGUUCUCGACUGUUUUACAGAUUUUAUAGACUGUUGCGUGAACCACACACGAUAUAUGGUAACUUGUUUUCUUCGUAACGAAAGCGUGUACCGUUUUCAUUGACAAUCGCAAGCUUAGAAAGCGUGUUUUUUGUUAUCAGAACGAUUAGGAAGGAUAAAGCAUAAUCUCGACAAUCAGAGGUUCGACAGGAAGGGUUCAACGAGACACCUUGUCAGGUUUCGUUUUUCUUUCACCGGGCAUGUUUCGUUGAAUUUCUUGCCUUUUUUUUCAUCGUCUUCUUGUUUUAAAGUAAAUAGAAUACUCGCGUGGCGUUAUAGAGGUAGUCGAUCGGAUCGCUGGUUCAAGCAGGAGAUUCGAGAUCACGCGGAACGAGGGAAGGAGGAAACCAAAAUGUAGCUUGUACAUAUUAUACGAUAAUGAGUAUCUCGUAAUAAUCUGUUAUUAUUGUUAACUUUACGAGAGACGUUACCAAGAUAAUAUUUCUACUGUCGAUAUUCGUCGUGUAGGGCUUACACACGCCUAUCUGUCGAUAAUACACACACGUAUAUAUAAAUAUACACACACGUACACAAGGCCUGCCAAUUUUGUUCUUUUCCUUCGUAUCAGUUUUUACUUAGGAUACUUCCUUUCGUUCAGAGACUUCUUAUAUAUAUACAUAUAUAUAUAUACAUAAAACGCGUCCAAGUAAACACGUAUUGAAGGAUAUAUAUAUAUAUAUACAUACACACAUGGGAGACAUUUAUAUACACGAGUACUUAUGUAUAUACAGAGAUUUUGUGUGCACAGGACUGAGCAGACAGUUUUCUUUUUUCUUUUUCUUUUUUUUUUUUACUUCAGAUUUAGUACGAUUUCGUUUUAGUUUCUCUGUCGUCCAGUGUCUUUUUUCUUUUUUAAUACCCUCUCCCCUUUUUUUUAAUGAAUUAGCCGGCGUCUAGUUGCACCAUUUUUCCCAUCCGGUGCGUUCUCGCGACAAAUUCGAACAAUUAGAAUUAGGUUUUAUUUCUGUUGCAUACGUAGCUUUUUACCGCGAUGAUCGCUUCGUUAUCCUUCGUGUUCUUGUUCUUCUUCUUCUGCAUCUUGUUUCGAUUCGCGAAGUCUAUUCGUGUUAUAUAUGCGUUCGUUUUAGAAUGAUCGAUUAACGACCCCGACUGUUUUUAACUGUUCGUGUGUUCGUGUUUUCGCGCGUAGCUCUUCUUUUUUAAGCUCGCCCUCGGUGAUCCGGAACGCGAGAGGCGGCUUUGAGAUUCCUUGUUUUACGGUUGAUCGAUUUUUACACUGAUUAGGAUAGGAUCGUUGCCCGGACUACGUUUCGUUCGACUGUUGCGAACCGGUUCGUAGCGUGUUUUUAAACGUUAAAGAAUGUUAAUGAAAAAUGUUAAUGCUUCCAUUGCGUCGAGUCCAUUGCAUUGGCGUAACUAGGAUUUCCGUGUAGGGUGGAUUAUGUUCCGAAGAAAUAUUAAGAAUUACCCGAGAAAUACCGAGCACUAUAGUCUUCCUUAAAGAAAAUGGUGAUACGAGAAACUCCAUUACUCGAACAAACUUUAGAGUUUAGAAUUUGUCAAAUUUACAAAUCUUCGAACGUCCAAACAUUGAAUUUUUCAAAUGUUCAUAUUUCGAAAUUUUCAAAUGUUUAUAUCACCAAAUUUAAACUCGUACAAAUUAAGCAUAAUGCAUAGGUCUUGAAUCUUACAGCGGUAAUGGCCUUUCUCCAUCACCAUUGUGGAAGUCCAGAGUGCUUGAAUAAUUUCUAAUCGAAAGAGGUUCAUAUUUUAGAGUGUCCAGGAACCACCCUGGGCCUUAUCUGGUUACGUCAAUGGUCCACGAACGUCCAUGACAUCUCGAGCGAUCAUUCGAACCGAUUCGAUGUAGAAUGGUUCUCUUGGUUCGAUGUCGAAACAGUUCUUCGUUACAUACGUUAUAUCCUAUAGAGUUUUCGUGAAAGCAGAGAAAUUAGAAACGUACUUUUUACCGAUCAAAGUGCUGGUGAGCGCGUAUCAAUGAGAAACAGGCUAAAACGUGCCAUCGUAGAAGGGCGAAGGUCCCUUUCCUUGAUGCUCACUUUUUAUCUCAAUCGUUGCUCAUUCUUACGUUUACGAGACUUCGAUACAUCCCUUUCGGAAUAAGUUCCUCGAGUAUUGUUCCAAUAUUCGUUUUUCUUUUUUUAACAACUCUAUGUGUUCUGGCAUUUUUAUUAUCGAGAUACGUGAUCGUUGUAUCAUUCAUUUUGACCCUCGUUCUUAUUUUACAUACGGUUGGGCAUUGUUCAAAUAAUCAAACGAGUUUGCUACAAAAAUAUUCGAAAAUGAUGAAUGUUUUUUCGUAACGAAUGUAUGUCGGAAGAUUCCUAAAUAAAAGUUUCGAAUAAAACAAAGUUAUCACAAACACCGAUAACUUUUAAUCGGAAGUUUUUAUUCGGAUCAAAUGUUCGUUGUUUUUGGAAUAACUGCGUUUUGUUCUCAAUUUCUAUUGAACAAUCUUGCAAUACACGAAUAAAAAAUGAUUCGUUAUUCUCGAAUAUUUUUCUUUUGAUAAAAAAUCGAAUAGUGUUUUUUUUUUACUCCAUGCUUUCGAUCGGUAGCGCAGGUACGAAGAGGAGGGAUGUAAGUACGGUUAAAGAAUCUUUCUGUUGAGAUCGUUGCUGUUGAUUUCGUUGCGUGUGUUGUAAAGAGUUCGUUUGUUGUUUCGUUGAAGCGUUCCCUCGAGGAGAAAAAGGUUGACCGAAAGGAGUUGUUGAUUUCGCAUUUCGGCUAGUCUUCGUUGUCGCUUGUUGAAUCGGUCGACUGCGAGCAAGUUUCCGUUUGUUUUUUCUCUUCAGAAGAUUUAUUAGACGGAUCGCCACGGUUGGGUAGAGCUUGUAAAUCCCAGUUAGAGAAUCGACCGUGGCGCGACUUUCGGUAGUCUAAUCUCCGUGUAACGAGUAAGAGCUAAUCGUUAAUCUGUAAAAGAUCGUUUCACGCAAACGUAUUACGCUUCUAUUGUGCAAGGUGCCUCGCGCGAGUAUCGAGCGCACAAUACGUGUUUCGUCUCUAUCUGGAUCGUGAAAGGAGAAAAAUGAACGAUGAUCGAAUGACCACGUAGCUUGCGACGAACGAUCCAAGACCCUUCGAUAUCUUUGCACCAGCUGAAAAUCUCAUGCGUGUAGAAAAACCUACUUCUUCUGUUGUCAUUAUUUUUCAACUUAGAAUCAACGUGAAUUACAAAUUAAAAGUUAUGAGUUCCAUAAUAAGUCUUUCCAUUGGGUGUUUCAGUUAACUCCACCUCGUACUAAAUCCUACAGUUUAUGCAAAUAGUGACGUAUUCAUAAUACAAAUCAUGAGUUCAUGUACAAUUGAUGAAGUGUAGCGUUUCAUCAUGGUAAUGAAGUCGACCAUUAAAAUCGGGUUAGCCUCAUUAAGGAUACUGACGUGUGCAUUUAGUUUGCAAGUUCAACAAAGGUUCACCUAGAAACACUCUGUUUUCUUGCACAUUAUUAAUCCUUUCAGAAAUCUUACUAGUUAUCAGAAUCUUUUUCCAACCUAAAGAGGUUAGCUGCAACACCCAUGAAUCAAAAUAGAAAAGCAGCUUGAGAUUUUCGUUGGUGAGAACACAGGGUCGUAGCCUGUACAUACGCGGAAGUUGGUGGCGCGAGUAAAGGAACUCUUCAUGACAAUAUCGCCCCGAAAAAGUCCUAAUUAACUCCGUCGCGUGUAGCCGUGGCGAAUGUUUCUCGCAACACGCUCUAUAUUUCGUUGUCUUCGAGAUCUUGUUUCACGACGUUUCUUUGAACACCGUUACGAACAAAUCGAUCAGAAGCCAUGGAACCUGCGUCGACCUUGUACCUCCGCGAAACGAGAAACCGAAGCUGCAGGAUGCUAAGCGAAACGGCAACGACCGAGAACAAAUGUCGCGAACGGAGACGAGAGAAAGUAUCGUUCCACUUUCGGCCGAAUUCUAUGAAAUACGCUUAUUACAGUUAUAGGUGCGACAGGUCGCGGUCGUUGUUCUCCGGGGAUGUCUGCCUCGUCCCUGAUCGAUUUGGCCGGUCAUUGUUCGCGGUGCACCGCCGGUGGACGAUCUAUUUUCGGGCGUCGGUUAUAUACGCGACGUAUAAUCACGCGGCUACUUCCGUUUCGCGAGCAUCUUGCACGAGAAUUCUCGAGUGUGCGACGCGACGCGAUGUUGAGGAAGAUCGAGGCAGGCGCUGCUCGAAGCUCCAAAUCUCGAGGUGUCUGGUAUCGAUCGAGGCUGAAACGAACAGACAGUAUCAUACGGUCUUCAACGAUUAUACCGAAACGUCGCGACGCUCUUCCCAUUUGCGUCUCCCGCCUCUACUAUAAGAUCGAGAUCGAAUUGUCCAAGCUCGUUGCGACUGAUUCUGCUGCGAAGGAAUAUAUCUACCUUUAAGGGGUCUUUCAUUUUUGUUCCUCGAGGGUUAGGUCAGAACAGGACAGCGAUCAACCCGGUAAUUUGAACACGUGGAAAUUGAUAAAUUUAGAUAUACACAAAUUUCAAAGCUUUAAAUUAUUGGUCGGAAGCGCACACCGGCUGUAUAUUCUCGCACUGUUCAUUGGUCAAUCGAGAACUCGGAUGAUCACUAUACAUAAAUGUUUCAAGGUUCCGAAUAUUUAUUAACGAUACCGAAAUAUUGACAAUAUUAUAUUGACAAUAUAUAUUGAUCGUGAGAGUCUUAAAAUAUUCCAAUGUGUAUUGAUCGUCCAAGGUUCCCGCAAGAGCCGGGCACAAAUUUCGAACAGUUCUAAACCGAGUGAACUUGGGAAGCUAACAUUGCACACGUCCAUCUUCUAUUAUAAUCAGCGUAACGAGCUUGGACCCUCCGUGCAUUGUAUUUAUACAUACCUAUAAAAAUACACAGAUACACACAUACCCGUUAUUUUUUCUUCGAAGAACAAGUGAGCGUGCACGUGUGAUAACGUAGAACGAAUAUUAGAAUGGAGAAGAGGCGUAUGAUGAUGUGUCGCGCGAAGGACGAUCUAAAUAUACAUAUAUAAAUACGAUAUAUACAUAGUAGCAUUAUAAAUACGUAGAUGUGCGCGAAAUCGCGUAGGUGUGCGGAAAGAAUGGGCGGCUGGCUCGUUCGAUGGUCGUUCGAUCGAGACAGCGCCGAGGCAUAGUCGCGAAAUUGUCCCGAACAAAGAACAGUAUCCAGAGGGAAGGACAUGCAUACACGUGUACAUAUACAUACAUGUAUAUCUAUAUGAAGAAAAAAAAGAGAAGAUGUACGCGAAGGGUCGAGCAGAACGGGGCAACCUGUCGACGGAGUCAUCUUGGACCUUUUUUCUUCUCUCCAGCCACGCGAAUCCUCUCGUUGACCCCUGUUCUCUUCGACUUCUCGACGAUACUCAUGGGACGACUUUCUCAACGAUUUUACGCUUGCCCUCCUCUUUCACUUGCUCUUUCUUAUCCCUCUUUUCAUCUUUUCGUGGCACGCGACCGUCGCGCGAUUCUCCGUAGAUAACACGCUCACUUUACGGCCGCGUACAAAUCUUCAAAUUCGACGAGCACGCGUUCAUCGUUCGGCUGCCUAUCUUUUCGUCGUUGUCUGUUGCGUGUGGUGCGAUGCGAGCGUGUGAUAAAAGGAAACGUCGAUCAGUUUCGCGGACACGGUGGAUAACGAGGAGGAAACGUCUCGUUGACGAAUUCUUUUUGGCGUUACUGGGCUUACUGGGAUGCUCCGAGCAUUUUAUUUGGCAAUUUCAAAAUUAGAGGGUUGAUAUCUAGAACCCAGAAUAUUCGGGACUUCCGAAUUCUGAGAUAACUAUAAAAUUUUUGCAUUCGGAACUCUGUAGAGUCAAAAAUGGAAACUUGGAAAGCCACAACCUAACCCUAAUCCUGUGGAGUCCCCAUAUUUUGCGGAGGCACCCUAUCGAUACCCGGUUACGCCAAUGGUGUAGCACUCGAAACGAAGCUAUGGGAUAAGUUUCAAGUCUCGAUCCGGGAAAACUUCCGGUCGUUACGAGCACGUGGAGCAUGCGGUUGUUUCGGUGGAUCCGAUGGAAUCCUCGGACGCGUAUUAAGAGCAGACGUUCCUCCGGUCACGCGUGUAGAUAAUUGCGCGUCGAUCCACGAAACGCCACCAACGAUCUCCUCUUUGGUCAAACGCCACCGUUUUUCCCUUUCGUUUCGUUUCGUCGUUGUGUUCGAUCGUUUUUCUAUUUCCCGUCGAUACGUUUUCUUUUUCGAUCCUGUGCUUACUCGACGCGGGUGAAUUUUAACGCGUCGAAUGCCGCAGUGCAAACGGCUGCGUGUAAUCAGCCAUAAUUACAUAUUCUGAAUAUGAUCGUUCUAUUUUUCAACUCAACACGUUGACUGCCGCAGCGGAAAUGUACAUUUGUUAUAUGUCGUAUUGAAACUCUUAAUCUUUCGGUGCACAUGGCUGCACAGAGCGUUGCAUUUUUAUCGCGUUAGACGGUAUCAGCAUAUUCUGUGACUGAGAAGAAAAACGAUAUACAGACAUGAGGUCGUAAAUGCUUUACUGGGAAGUUAUUACAAAUUUAUACCAAUUACAAGCGACUGAGUUCUGAAUUACAAAUGACUGGAUUAUGACUGGUUCUUUUAUAUGUUUAGUGAAAAAGAAUGAUGGCAGAAUUAAUUUAUCUAUGGCAUGACUUUUGCGAGAAUACGUUGAUAUCGUCUGACAAAAUAAAAAUUAAACUGUAUACAUCGUUCAAAGGCUGCAAAUUAAAAAUUGUAUAGUAAUCGACGUACAGUAGUUGAUCAUGUUAGUGUCCCUAAUACUGCAUGCAUACAGUUCGAUUCGAUUUUCGUCAGUUUUACGAUUAAAUUCGCAGUAGCGUUAAUUGCCAGCGUCAGUCAUUUAGCGUGAAAACCGUGCGAAAUUUCAUAUGCGAGUCGUACGUGAAAAAGAGUGUGGUCGAAAGAGUUAAUCGUCGGGAACGUAACAAAGCACGAAACGAAUGUAACAGUCUUUACCUGGGUCAGCAAACGAUCGAGCGAUACACGUAACGCACGACACACUGUUCCUCCUGUUUCAGCCCGUUUCUCUCGUUGAACGACCAUUCGAGCUGACAAUAAACGCGAACGACGGUUCUAGGCGUGUCUCGAGACACGAUUCUCUUUUUUUCUUCGCUCUAAUGUCCGGACAGUGGCGACGUGGUCCUCGAUGAAAGAAGCAAAAAGGCCGGGGUCCUUCUUCUGUCUCUCUAAAACCUUUCUUCCCUUUUAUCUGGCUGCUUUUAAGGGGAAUUACAGCCAGGAUGUGUAGAAAGGUUCAUGAAUAACGUGUCUACCGAAUAGGUAACGUUCGUCCUCUACACGCCUGCGAUUUUUGUUCCUCGCUCAGAUUCGCCGUCAUGAAAUAAAGAUACGCGACAGGCGGCUAAUCCAAAACGAGGAACCCGUCUCGUGCGUUACACGUGGCUUUUUUCGCAUGGAGUUUCAAAUUAUGCAGUUAACUGGAGUUUUAAUCAACAGGGGCUAUCGUCGCGUACAAAGAUUCAACGUUUUUCAGCUCGAUUACCGUGUUAAUCAAGGCCAUACCUUUCCGCUUCAUCGAUCACCUUAACACUCUCGCUACCAACAGUUAAUUACAAUUUCGUCCAUCGCAGACCAGUUUCUUUCUUACGAAAUAAUUUCGGAUCACGUCGUUUGUAUAUUGUACUAUUUUUAAGAUUAUUUGACUUUAGCUUUAAGGCAUACACGAAAGAGAGUUACUUACGAUCUAUCGCGCGAUAGAUCGGAAACGCUGGUAGCGAACGUGUUAAUCAUUUACCGAUUAAUUUCAUUUCCGCCGGCAAAAAGCGUUCAGAAUGGAACGACGAAAAUUUCUCUUACAAAAGAUCAACGAUUCGAAACGAAAGAACCGACGUCGAGAGGAGAUCGAGAAAAAUGUGUCCCGCAUUUCGUGCAUCGUUAACUACGACGUUUAUAUAUUACGUAUUUUUCUUGCGUCUAGGAAAGUUCACCGAUUUCAUCCGCGAAACUAAUGAAACGUUUGCCGGCGCGAGUAAGCGAGCGGGCGUAUUUUGCGUGUGGUGUGCGUGCGGUGCGCGUCUGUUUCGCUUGUCUGCGUGGAUAUUAGUGCGUUCGCGAGACGGUGUGCAAGGUUACUCUCCGUGAUCGACUGUAAUUUUAUAUAAUAUUUGUAAGGCAAAAGAAACAUUAUGUACAGCAUACCUGAUAGUAAAUAAUAAGUAUCUACCUUAUACCUAA